AUGCACCAUGCGCAAGAAGAGCUGGAGGAUACGCUUGCGAGCGCCACCUCCCGGCAGCAGCAGGCUGAAAAGAUGGAUCAGCAAAGCCUGGAAAAACUCGUAGCACAUGUGAAAGGCUUGGAACGAUCCCUGGCUGUAGAUUCAUCGCCAAAGUUGGAGAAGCUGUGCAGAUUAGAAGCCGAAAGCCGGGCGCAGCGGCAAGAGAAACAUCAGAUGGAGCUUGAAGCACUUCGAACAGCGAAAGCACUGAAUGAGCUUCUGUGA